AUGGUAACGGAGUCGUCGAUCAUUCCCGGCCUGACGGACGACGCAGCGGAGCUCUGCCUCUCGCGAAUCCCUCGCUCCAGCUUCCGGAUCCUUUCUCAGGUGUGCCGGAGAUGGAGGUCAUUCCUCAGGAGCGAGCAUUUCACUGUCGUUCGGAAACUGACCGGAACGGUAGAGGAGUUCCUUUGUGUUCUCAUGGAAAGCCAGUGUGGCAGAGACGUCUACUGGGAAGUUUUCGACUCCUCCGGGAACAAACUGGGACAGAUCCCUCCCGUACCUGGUCCUCUUAAGCGCGGUUUCGGCGUCGCUGCGCUCGAUGGCGGGAAGAUCGUGUUCAUCGGAGGAUACACGGAGGUCGAAGGCGGCUCCGGGAUCAACAGCACCACAGUCUCUGCUUCGUCCGAUGUUUACGAAUUCGAUCCUGCUUCUAACAGGUGGAGAAAGCUAGCGAGCAUGAACAUAGCACGUUACAACUUUGCAUUUGCUGAAGUGGGAGGGCUCUUGUAUGUGGUUCGAGGCUUUUCAACAAAUGCUUAUAGCCUUUUCAACGCAGAAGUAUACAACCCAGAGACUAACCAAUGGAGCCUUAUGGCUUGUCCAGACCGAGUCUUCUGGCGUGGAUUUGCAUUCUCCUUUAACUCCAAACUCUACGCUCUAGGGAAUGGGGCGAGGUACAUGGACAUAUAUGACCCGAAGACGGAGACGUGGGAAGAGAUAAACACGGAGCAGUUGUUGUCGGUUUACUCCUACACUGUGGCGGGGAACAAAGUGUAUUUCAUGGACAGGAACAUGCCGGGACGUCUGGGAGUGUUUGAUCCGGAGGAGAAUUCGUGGAGCUCGCUGUACGUGCCUCCGAGACAAGGAGGUUUCUGGUUCAGAGUCGGAGUAUGGAAUGAUAAGGUUGUGCUGUUUUCAAGGGUUUGUCGAUAUGAGACGUUAAUAUACUACGACCUCGAUCAACAUAGACGCCCCAACUGGAGAGUUUGUGAUCAGAUUAAACCCUCUGCUUCUCACUUGAGCAGUGUUGUCAUCAACUUUUGA